AUGGUUUCAAAAAACGGUGGUGGUGGCGAGUCAUCAGUUACAGUUCUUUUUAUGAAAGAAAUUGCUCAUGCACAUGAAUUUGAGUCCGUAAGUCAACUGUCUUUGACUCUUGGAAAUAUGUGGGAGAUAUACGGCCAUGGUCCGGUCGUAGAUUCCGUUUUGUCAGUGGUAUUCAUAAUAAAUGUUGUUUUUGUCAAGGCUUUAGAAUGUCAAGAAAAGGCUCCAAGUGAAGAAGGUCUGGGAUACAAAGUUGAUUUGAAACUAACUAAAAAUGUUACCUGCUGGCUCUUUAGUUGUGUUUGA